AUUGUAAUCUGGGAAUUGCUGAGAGUUUGUAACGCCCGUAUUCAUAGACUUUAGAAUUAGUAACGAUUCUCUGACGCGUGACGCAACUUGAUUAUACCUUUUUGCUUUUCGUUUACAUCUCACAAUCAAUUGUUGCACACAAUCCACAAUCAUACGCAAGGAUGUUUUCUGAAAAUAAUCUUGGCAAAGAUUAUUCCAGCAUAUCUAAACACGAACUACUAUUGCAUGUUUGUAACAACGAAAGAGAUCUUGACAAAAGUUUGCGAAACAUGGCCGAAGAUUUUAUUUAUUUCUACAAUAUACGUUUCAUGACGCUUCAGUCACCUGUGAACAUAAGUAGAAUUGAAAAGUUCCGAGAUUUAUGUAACGAAGAUAUUGUAGGCAGUUAUUUUCCAAUCACUGACGUCAUAUAUGAAUUUGAUUCUUAUUCUAAGCUUAAUUAUGCACUGGAAAAUACUUUUGAGACCUCUAUAAGUUUCAGAAAGUACAUUAUGCUGAUUUUUAUUAUUCUGGGUCUUUUAGGAAACUGCUUGUCUGCCAGUGUGCUCUUCCGUAAAAAGAUGCGUUCUUUCUCGUCCAAUAUCUACUUGAGCGUGCUAGCAAUAUGCGACAUGGCUUAUUUGAUAAUAUUACUCAUUUAUUGGUUCAUUUUAAUAGAUAUAGAAUCAAUGAAUAACGCAUACUUUGUAUGGUUAAUUUACUUGAAACAGUUUUCGAAAUUCUUUUCCGAGUUCUUGAGCGUGUGGCUUAUAGUAGCCUUUACCAUCGAGCGAUAUAUUGUAACGAAGUAUCCGCUUCUGCGUCGAUCAUGGUGCACUGUCAAACGAGCAAAAAUUGUAGUAAUCACGCUGAUGGGACUAGCGAUUUUGUUCGACAUUCUUUUUAUUUGGACCAUGACUUAUUCGAAUGAAAUAUUAAAAACAAAAAAUAUAAGUAGCUAUGAUUUAUACAAACAUCUAAAUUUGGACAUUCAAAAAAGCGCUGCACUUAAAAAUAUGAUUAUGAAUUCUAUUAUGAUAUUUACUUUACCUGCACUCGUGAUAGUCAUCUGCAAUACUCUCAUAGGAUAUCACAUUUACAAGCAAAAUCGUAUUCGCAAAAUGUUGAUUACAGCGUCCGAUUCUGCUACUGACAAUGAGAGAACUCAGAUUUCUAGUGACAAAAUGCUUCAGUAUAAGAUCACAAGAAUGCUUAUUCUUGUUUCAAGCAUAUUUGUAAUCUUGAAAUUACCUGUGCAUUACUUUUUCUACAUUACUCGUUACAUACCUAAAUAUAACGUUUCGUUAGUUAUGGUCGCAAUAUUUGACUUAUUGGACGCAGCACAUUACAGUAUAAAUUUUGUUCUCUACUGCGCAACGGGACAAACUUUUCGCAGAGAACUAAUCCACAUGUUUACAAAAUGUACAAAUAUAAGAAAAAACAGAAAUCAUGGAGAUGAAUAAUUAUAAGUAACAGUUGCAAGUUUACGUCCUACCGCACUUCAAACAAAACAUUGUGCUUAUUUGUUAACAACGCACAACUGAAAGUUUCUCAAGAGAAGAUAACACUCCUGAUUGAUACACGAGAGGUUAUAAUAUACAUUAUAUCUUUAUAUAAAUAUAGUUAACUGCAAAUAGCUUAAUAAAAUAGUUAAACAUUGUUGUAUCAAAAGUGUUAAAAGUAAGUCAAAAGUAACAAUGAAAAAAAUUUAUGAUACACAAAUAUGUAGGUAAUAUGUAGAAUGUUUCAGCGCACUAUAAACAAAACGACAGAUUUGUCAAUUCUGUUAACAAAUGUUAAUUUAUAUAACUUAGAAAAAUAUUAAUUUUUAAUUAUUUCAAAUAGGAAAAUUAUCACACCAUUGAUUGUAAAGCAAAAACAAUUUGUUAUCAUCAAAGUUACGUAAAUGACAUCUUUUUAUUACAGGAAUAUUUUCUAAAAUGACAAAAACGUGUUACUAACGAAUUGUGUUCUACUUAUAUGUUAUUAUGUCACAAAUAUCCAUAUCAGUGUAUUGAUAUACUAGUAUGCACAUGUCUGAUAAUUUAACUUACUACACACGUGCAUAUUACUUGUUUAUACAAAAUGAUAAACGCUUUUCUAUACAGGGUGUCUGGCAAUAAUCGCCCCACCGGUCAUA